GAGACUAGAGGCAACCGUUCCACACGAGGACACUGAACAACUUCCGAUGCACGGUGCUGGGGCGGCUGCCUUAGGAAACAGUCCCCAAUCCGGUGUGUACCGUAAGCAAAGGCGCUUGCAUUGUUGGUAGUGAAACGUACUGAAAUGUUUUAAAGGUGAUCUGUGAGAAAAGUCUUCCCCUGCUCGGUUGUGUCGGUUCUUGUAGUGUGGUGAAACAGUGCCCCAACGUAAAUCAAACCGAUUAAACGCGAUCGCACAAUCCGAUCUGAUGGUGCGGAAAAUGGACAAUUAAUGUGAAAGUGAUGAUACGUCCUGUGCUGGUUGGGAAUCUUCCCAUACCCCAUCCUGAAGGAACGCCUGAGGAGAAUGUGGUGUAGUUGCGGUUGUGCGAUACAGCAUAACAGCAUAGGCGGGUAGCGUUCCGGUGAGAUUGUCUCCUGCAAAUAAAAAAAAGAAACCCCAAGACGACAAAGUGUAGACGAAACUAAGCCCAACCUGUCGCAGUCAUCGAAAGAGCGCAGGAGGGAGAGGCGAACACUUCAACGAACGCUUCACACAAAACACCGGUUGGAAUGUUGCCGGCGGAUCGGUUUCUCAGCAGUGCGUGGCUGCCAGGGUCAACGAUGAAGUUGACACCGGGCGCGGGCAUCACGUUGCUGAUCGGCAUCGCCGGUAGCAUCUUUCUCGUCGCCCAAAGCCAUCGACUGUUGCGCAGUAAACUCAGCCAACGACGGCGCUCUACCCGGAAGCCCGAUGCGGCAGAGUGUUACAUGUGUAACGCAAACGUCGAGCUCGAAACUCCAGACAGCUUCGCAACAUGCCGCGGUUGCGAAAAACUGGUCUGCCGGGGCGAAAACUGCUGCCAGUGGGUGGAAUCGAUCGGCAUCUGGGAAUGUACCGGCUGUCAGUCGAAUCGCGUUAUCCAGCAGAAGGCGGGCGAAUGGCUGCUGAAUCAGUUGACCGUCCGGCUGAAGCACCCGGGCCCGGUAGAGCUGAAGGACGGCAAUCUGCUCGGUCUCGGUUUGGACACGGACGAUGCUCGCAGCACCACUUCCAGCACAACGACGACCGUUUCGGCCAACCAGCGUGUGAAGGUGCGAGAAUUCAUCGAGGAGCUGCUGUCCGCUAUGCUGCACGGUCCGCUGGACGAUGUAUCCGUUGGGCAGCUAAUGAAACAUGAAAGCUAUUUAAGACUUUUUCGCAAGUUCCACACACGUUUGAGCAGGUGUCUGUACAAUCUAGAACGCUCGAUCCAUCACUCACUAAUGUCGGAUCUACCACUAUGGGAAGGUCAACAGCAGCAUCACAGCCCGAGCGAUCAGCACUUCGAGCUGAAGCGACUGAUACAGAAGAUACUGGAAGAGAUCGCCAAGCUGCCGGAGCUGCUGAACCACAGUGGCCUUCCGCUACGGCCGGAAGAGCAUCUGCCGUACUUCGAUCCGAAGAAGUACGAGCAGCUGUUGGCCACUGCGGUGCUGAACAAGGUGGUGGACGACUAUCGGAAUCCGAAAAACUUCACCGACGGCGGUGACGUGGCAGGCAAGGGGCAGACCGGCGCUGGUGCCACCCCGUACACCGGUACCACGGUGGACAUUAACCACAAUCAGCUGUCCGAGACGGGUAGCAGCCGAAGUUUGCUGAGUAAAGAAAGCCUCAGACAGAUGUCCGUAACGGCUGACGAUCAAGCACCACAACCACACGAAGGCGUCAGCUACAGUGCGAUCGGCACGGAAAGGCGACUCUCCGACACUGACGAAUCCUACCUGAGCGACUACAUCCAGCGGCAUAAAGUCCCGCUGCCCGAUCUGUCCGACACGACCGGAUCCGGGUCCGGUGCCGAGGACGACGAUCUGCAAUCGCUCAAGUCGAACGCGACCGAUGGUACGUGGGAGGAAAAUUGGCUGUUCCGCAAGCGGCAACUGAAGACGACCGAAUCCUCGAUCGCCAUGCUCGUACCAUCGCCCACCGAAGAGGUGAAGGCACUGAUCGGGGACAAGAAUGCGGACGAGAUUAGUGAUCUGUCUGAGGCAGGAUCAGACUGUGAAGGGUACGAGUCGGAUGGGAAUGUGAACGGUGGCACUGUACCAUCGGUAGCGCCUGUGGUUGUGGCAUCAAGCAGCAAAGACACAACGAGUGAGGGAAUUUCGUCCUCCUCCAAGACACAAUCACUGGACGAGAUCCUGCCGCCCGACAGUCUCGUGUCGAUCAACUCGUUGCCGGUCAAUGAGGAGGCACUGUCGGAAGCUACCAACAGUCAGCUGCUGGCCGAUCAGGUCGCACAGAACGGAGCCAGUGAACGUCUGCAGGUGGACGAUCUGAUCAGUAUCGAACCGGUGGCGGACAGGGUGGAAACGACCAAUCCAACCCUGACCAACCCGUUCCUGGACGAUGUGUUUGAGGCAAACAACAAUGUUAUAACGGACGACGUGAAGAUGCUGCAGCGUACCGAGACAGGGGACAAUCGCAGUUCCGCCACCGAAUCCAACGGUUACGGUGACCGAAAAGAAAUCCCAAUAGAUCGAGACCAACCUCCGUGUAGUAGAGAAGCCGCAACCAAAUCUCCCCUUCCUUCUAAUAAGCGGUGCUUCUCAAUCCCCAAUUAUGUGUACAGUAACUCUUGCACGUCUGUCCAAAAAGUAGCACCAAAAACAAAACCUUCCCAAAUUCGGCACACAAACGCACACCCUUCUCCAUCAAAUCCCGUAGCAGUAGACAGUGUAGUAGUGGUAGCGGUUGCGCCUCUAGCGGACAGUAGCCCAACUAAUGGUAAUGGUAGUAGCGUGGAUAGUAGUGUAGAAACAGAUAGUAUCAUCGAUAGUAGUAGCGUGAAGACUAACAAACUGGAGUUCUUAAAACAACCGGAAGUGCUGCUCGAUUCUCGUUCACCACCGGACUCGCCAGUGCAGCAGGUGCUGUCACCGCAUCCGAUCAUGAUGACGAUCACGGACGUUUUCGAUCGGUUGGCGAACAGUUCCCCACUGACAGCCAUCUCGGAGGAGCAACCGCCGGCAGUGCUGGAUGAAAUGGUUGAUAGCGAACCGCCAACGCUGGAAGCGAUCACGGAAGAAUGUUCCGGGCUGGUGGAAGAAAAACAUCCCGUCCUAUCCCCAUCAGACAGCGUACAGGUCGAGCAGGAUGAGAGCGAGUAUCGAACAAUUUCCGAAGCAACUAACAACAGUCUCCUGCUGGCGGAUUCGUUCGAAGGACUUGAAUCGUUCGAUACGUACGAGCCAGGGAACGAUGAGUUUUGCUCGCUUAUGGAACCGAAUGACCCCGAUCGAACGCCGGAACCCGGGCCAUCACCUGAUCUGCUACAAAUACGGGAAACACCACCAGCUGCAUUGUAUGUGUGCAUUCAAGAUCAGCUUGAGUUUGCAGAGCAGUUGAGAUCACUGGAAGAGGAUGCUACCAAGCAGCACGACCCUUUUGAACGUACACCAGACGAUCAACCAACUCGGGUAUCGCUUCAGCCCGAUCUGGUAACGUUCGACAACAAUGCCCCGAGUCCGGAUUCGGGUCCACCAGGGAUAGUGGCCGUUACGGAGCAGAUGCGUGCGUACUGUGAAGAAUUAAAAGCCAUACUAAAUCUUCCUGAAGAUGAAGAACCCUCUCAGGAACUGUCCGUCCCCUUAGAGCCGGAACCGGAACAGUGGGAAAUUGUGGACACACCGGAAGCUCUGGAAGCGCUAGAACAGUUCCAAAAUGAGCUGCUGAUUGCUGUUAGCGAUCCAACGCAAACCGAUGUUCGACCGUGCAGUAAUCAUGCGAUUCGGGAAGAACCACUGCUGGAGCUUGAGGACAGAUUCCCCGGCCCAAUUGAGGUGGCCGGGCUGCAGAUGGCACAGUACAGUGACAGUUUGAAAAGCCUGGAGUACGUCGAGGAAGGAACUGUGAUGGAUGAGGAAACGUUACCCCUUCCAGACGCUUACAUCGAACGCGGGGAGUCACCGCAAGCGUUGCUUGUAUCUUCAGAAGAUUCUUCACAGCCCAUAGUAACGGUCAGCCAUACACCUUCUACCGAGCCGGAACCAUCCAUCACGACAGUGAGCCUGCCACGGGAGGAACACCCACCGACCAGCACGGAAGAAACGAUGCUCACGUCGAUGGAGUCCCGGGACGAGUCGAAGAUCGAGGACACGAGCAUGCCCGCGUUCAGUGAUACCGAGCUUCCCUCCCUCUCAUCGCCAUUCACUUCCUUCUCACUUACCAAUUCUACCAUUAACAACAACAACAACAACAAUUGCAUGCCAACUAACAUCAGCCUCACGGAACAGGGUCCUAACCAUCUUGUCACUAACCACACCUCGAAUAACACGAAUCCAAGUAUUGAAGUAGGCGAGUCUGCGCUGGAAGUUGAUCCAGAGCAACCGCAAGCAGUGGAAUCGGUCGCUGACGUAUGUUCGCUCGUUCCAGCACAAAUAGCAACCAAUGGAGGCGAUGUACCGGAGGUACAGGGUGAUUCUGGAGAGCAGGACGCGUCCGUGGAUGCACCGGACACGCUCAUACCAGGAUCCAUUGCCGAACGGGAGCAUCUGAAGUGGCGCAAUGCCAAACCGAUCGCCAAUAACCCGUACUCGCCCGAUGUGCUCCAGCGUCGGCUGUCGGAAAAGACACGCCCGUCCAGCAUGAUCGAGAUCGAUCGGUUGGUGCGGAAGGAGGCGGCCCCAGCCACCGGAAGAGCUGCCGGCGGUGUGCUGAUCGACGAUGAGGAAACUCCAAAGGAACCGACGGAUUCGGGGACAGAAAACGAUCGCUCGUUACAGUCGGUGACGGGUGGCGUACUGACAGAAACGAAGAAGAUCGGUCGCGAGUACUACAUCAACGAUCCAGAGCGUCUGCGUGCGGGCGGUGCCCCCUUAAAGUCCACCCUAGGUCCCCAGACGCAAACCCAGCAGCCAUCGCACAGUACCGACGACGAGAAAUCCCUUCUGCUUGGCCGUGCUGUGGAUGAGAGUGAAGCUGCAGCCCCUCAAAAACUCACCCCCGAACCGGUCAGCUCCCUGUACCGCUCGAGCAGCGUCGGUAAGCAGCGAGACCCCAGGGCGGAAGACAUCUUCGCUGCCCGCCCGGUACAGGUGACGGCAGACGAUCCGAUCCUGCAGCAGGGCACGAAGGUGAGCUACCUCAGUACGGCGGCCCGCGAGAUCUAUCUCGUACCUGUGGAGUCAGAACCGAACGGAGGCUCACUGAUGAGCUCUUCCUCUGAGCUAAGCUCCGUUCACUCACCGACGAACGCUCAUCAGCGCCCGGAGCUGGAUAGCCUUACGUACAGCGAAGACUCGGAUGUGACGCGUAUCUACGACCUAACGACCGGGGAGGCAAAGGUCGUCCGUUCGUGUCACUCGGAAACGGAGCCACCGCACGAUACGAUCCUGCAAAUACUACCUCAACCCUCACCGACCAAACAACAGCCAGCGACGAUGGCGACUGCCCCUAGUCAUGAACAGUUGUCGUCGUCCAAUGUAUCGGCCCUUAAAAGUCAACUUUCUACCGGCGAACGGGCGGAUGCUGGAAGCUAUCAUCGCCGUUCGCCAUUUCCCGUGAAACCACUCUCGCCCGAAACGAUCAAAUUCUUUGCGCCGAAGCGAAAGCUUAGCUUUACCGGCAGCACGAACAGUUUGGUGGGGGAGUCGGGGAGCAAGGGAGCUGGUAGUGAGCAGGGUACUACACACGUGCUGCCCUCGAUGCACUCGUCGCUGCACAUUGACUAUCCCGCGAGCCGGAGCACGACGGGCAGCGAGUUUGCGAUCAUCGAGAAAGAUGUGAUCGAUGUGCUGCCGUCGGUGAAGGAGCUGGCCAAGUGUUACAGUGGUAGCACGAGCGAUGUGUCCACGUUGCCACCGAAACCACUGUACAAACCGAGGGUCAAGCUUAGAAAGGACUUUAUCCGCCAGUCGUCCGAUGUGCUGAACGAGGAAGGCAUGCCCAACACGAAGGGCCAGCGGCAGUACAGCAGCACGAGCAGCAUAGCGGUGCGGGACGAGAUACGGGAGAUCCGAAAGCUCAACCUGGAAGCGUACCGACAGUCGACGUACUACCCGAUGGCUCCCGGGCACAGCAUAACGGCGCGCAGCCUGUCGAAGCAGAUCCGUGAGCAUAAGAGCAACGUUACAGACGACCAUAAGGUGGGCCACCACCAGCAGGAGGAGCAAGCGGCACCAGCACCGUUGGUGCCGGGUGGUGCCGACGGUGAGCUCAACGGAACCGAUGCAGACGACGAACCCGGCCAUGCAUCUCCGGAGCGUCCCGCCAGCCCCGUACUACUGCCCGGCCAUCUGAAGAGUAGCAUACAGUUUUUCGAAAGCCUCAAGAACAAACCGUAAUAGCCAACCGGACACGAGAGCAGCAAAACACUCGUCUGGAUGGGGAUCACACUGCAAACUCACGUUGAAAGUGUACGACCUUUUUUUGUGCCAUUUGUGUAGUCGCCCCAGCUGGAAGCGUCAUUUAGUCAUCCUUCACAUACUUCACACACACACACACACACACACACAUACACACUUACAUACUCACCUGUCGCAUCGUUGUCCUUCGUCAUCGCUCACUCAUACGUGGUAGGAUUUCCGUUACACCCCUUCGUGUUAAGGCUUUGUUUUAGGUUCGCGCGCGCGUGUGUGGGUUUUUGUUUCUGUGUGGUAGGCCAUCUUGUUUCCUCUCGCACCAGUGGCGACAAUUUUCAAGAGUCCCAGUCAUUCUUCUCUCCAUCGUACAUUGUGCAAGCAUCGAUAGCCCCGUUUUUUGUUUUUAAAUGAUAACAGAACUGGCAAUACACCCGAAAGGGAAAACGGAUUAAUUUAUUAUAUUGGCAAUCGCUUUCAAAUGCUCUCCCAGUACAGGUUCGCCCAGUUCGCCCAGUAUCAUUGUUUUUUUUUUUUUUGUUAUUACGACGCAUAUUUUAAUCAAUUUUGUUUUAAUUUUCACCUUUUUCCUAAAUUCUUGUUGAGUUUUGAAACAUUUUUCUUUUUAUGCAUUCAUUCUUGUUUUUUUUGUCUUUCCCUCAUUUUUCUCACCUGCAUUUACCUAUGAGCUUUCUGUUUCACAAGUAGUAGUUCAUUCUCAUCUUACCCGAAUAAAGAUGAACUUAUGGAUUUGAUGGAAAAAUAAAGCAUUGAAAAAUACA